AUGGGAAGGAUAGCCGUAGCGGCGCUGGCCACCGGCGCCGCCGCGCUGCGGCCGACCCUGCCGGUAACACCGGCGCGCGCGCGCGGCCGGGUCGCUACGAAGAUGGUCAUCGACCCGAGCCACGCGCACGACCUCAUGACGGCGCACGUCGGCCACGACUGGGGCUCGACGUUCCAGAUGGCCGCCAUCCAGGGGCGGACCUGCGUCGACGACACGGGGUGGUGGUGGUGCUUUUGCGGCGUCCUUUUAUUCUCUUCGCGUUGUUCGCGUUGGCAUCGCGUGCCACGUCCACGUCGCGUCGAUGGCGCCACGUGCCACGCCAUCGACGCGAUGCCCCACGCAGCACGAUCCAGAACGGCGUCGAGGGCCUCAUCGCCGGUUUGCACGACGUUUUGCACGACAAUCUCGGAAUCGAGAACGGCUCCUGGGGCCUGUCCAUCAUUUUGUUCACGGCCUUUUUAAGGACGCUCAUCUUCCCGCUCAACUACAUCUCGUACGAGGCGACGGAUCGGAACAAGGCCCUGAAGCCCUACAUGGAUAAAAUUAGGGAGCGCUACGCGGAAGAUCAACAAAGUAUGAACUUGGCUACAGCUAAGUUGUAUGAGAUGACGGAGACGAACCCCUUGGCUGGCUGCCUGCCGGCGAUCGCGCAGAUUCCGGUUUUUAUCGCCUUGUAUCGAUCUAUCCUGAACCUCGCCUUCGAGAAGCGCAUCGGCGAGGGUUUCCUCUGGCUGCCGAACCUGGAAGGCCCGACCUACGACAACGGCCGCGGCCUCCAGUGGCUCACGGACAACUGGGUCGACGGCGUGCCGCCGUUAGGGUGGCAUGACACGCUUUGUUUUCUCGCACUGCCCGCCGCGCUGGUGGUCGCGCAAAGCAUCUCGAUGAAGGUGCUGUCGCCGCCGCCGGACCCGAACGACAAGGCCGCGCAGAACGCGAAUCGCGUUUUGAAGUACCUGCCGCUCAUGAUCGGCUACUUCAGCGCGAACGUGCCCGCGGGCCUCGGCCUCUACUGGAUGACGUCGAACGUGUUCUCCGUGGCGGGCUCGCUCGGGGCCAAGGCCUACCUCAAGCAGAACCCGCCGAAGUUGGAUGUUGAACUAAAAGAGUUAGGAAUCGACGACGAGUCCGCGGGCGUGAAGAUCCCGGCGACGCUCGAGGAGGCUUUAGUGGAUGCGCGCCUGAACGCGCAACCUAUCCGCGCGCCGAUCCGCCCCGGCAUCAACGCCGUCCCGGCGUUCCUCGCCGUCGACGUCGGGGAUUUGGACGUGGGCGUCUCGGACGAGAUCGCGUUCGUCGACGAGAUACAAUUUGUCGACGAGAUGCCCGACCCGGCGCCCGAGGCGCCGGUGGCCGCGCCGGCGCCGCAGGCGGCCGCCGCGGACACGUCGUCGGUGAACGAGCUCUACUCGCGGUAGGCGCGGACGUGUGGAUACCCCCUUCCCCUCCUCUCCCCGCGUAUAAGAGUUCCGAACGUCUUCCUGUCACAUCGACGGCAUCGCUCAGGCCUUACGGGUUUUUCAAACUUUGCGCCAUACUUUGAUCGCCCUAGGACCCGCGUUGCUCGCACGAGCGCACGCGCAAUUAGUUUGAGCAGUGGCCCUCCUGAUCGGUGGCGAGAACCGGCCGAAACCGCGGUCUAAGAGGCCCGAUUGAGAAACUUUGACCCAGGGCGCCGCGGCGCGUUCGGCGACGACGUGGCGCCGCCGACACGACUCCAGCCCGCGCCAGCGACGACGCGCCGCGCGCCGGCGCCGGCGACGAAACGCCGCGCGCCGGCACCCGCUCCGAGGUCGGCGCCCGCGCAGCCGCAGCGGUCGGCGGGCGUGCAAGCCUGGGCCGCACAGCUCGACCGCUGCGGCUGGGGAGAUGCCGAGCUGAAGCGAUUGCUCCCGGAGCCGAUCUCCCGCGGGGACGACGCGUUCUUACCGGUCCACGAGAAAGUCCUCCACGCCUUCGAGCUGGUCAGACCGGAGCAAGUGAAGUGCGUCGUCGUCGGUAUGUGCCCCUACAAGAACCGCGACCAGGCGUGCGGCCUCGCGCUCAGCUCGCCGAUCGGCGCCAAGAAGCCGCCGACUUUGACGCACUGGAUCUUUGGACACCUCAAGGACGAGUCGAUUAACGGCGGUCUCGGCUUCCACGGGCGGAAGCCGUCGCACUGCGACCUGACGGCCUGGUCGACCCGCGCCGGGGUGCUCCUCCUGAACGCCACGCUACAAGGUCAUAAGAGGGGCGAGGACGCGUGGCGCCCGUUCAUCAGCCGUGCGAUCCAGAUCGUCUGUGGACACACGUGCGGCUUUAUCUUCAUGGGCAACGACCACCCUCGCCGACUCGCUUCCGCCGUCGUGGGAAGGUCGCGGGCUUGCGUCGUCGCGACGCCAUACCCGGCUCAGUUCACGCGCGACGAUUUCAACGCGCUCCAGCCCUUCGCCAGCGUCAACCGCAAGCUCGUCGCGGCCGGCGCGGAGCCGGUGCGCUGGAACGCGCUGCUCGACUAG